AUGUCUUCUUCAGCUGGACUCAAUCACAGCCCUUUGACGGCGGAUGCAUACAACUCUUUACCUCAUAUCGACAAUGUCAAGGAACUUUCAAACCGACAAAUGCAUGCGAGGGACAAGUUACUUCAUCUGAUCAAUUCCCAUGGACUCGUAAACGUCUUUUCUAUCCAUUUGAUCCACAAGCAUUUCAAUGUCGCAGAAGGACGAGUCAUGGUCUAUGAAACUGUCAAAGGGACCAAACAUCCUGACUUCCAGAUGUGCAGUCCAAGAAUUCCAUCAGAGUGCCAAAAUCUCAAGGGCUUGUUUUUUCGAGUCAGUGAUGGAGGACAACUAGCGGCUUAUGAAUAUACGACCGAUCCUGUCGUAGACGUGUCUGCUUGUGGUACAUUUUUCGGGGAUAUCUCUACACUCAUGAUGGCUUUGGGAGUCCAAGACUUAUUUGCGCUCACACUGAAGCGAGUGGAGCCCGCGGCCAAUCUGCUCGAGUUUGAAAUAUCAGAUUUGACCUCAACAAUCCUAAUCCCGGACCUCUCAGGGAAUCAAGAUGGUGGAAACAGUCGGCCCACGGAUUGGAGCUUUAUAAGUCCAGAAGUUCGCAAUGACGAGAUCGAUAAUCAAAUUCUUGUCACGAAAAACCGUCAGGAUGAAGAACUUUUCUGCAUCGCGGGGACUUAUGUGGCCGGGCAGGAUAGUACACACCCAGUUGCCGCAGGGACUGUUCGUUGCACGGUAACUAGGAGUGGCUACCACCACGAAGUCAUAACGAAGGGGAACGGCAAAAUUUUCAUAAAUGGACAACUAAUCGAAAAGGAGAGUGCUAUAUGUGAGAUUAUUACUCAUGCCCAGCGACUUAUCUCUCCCAACCCUGGUGUCGCCGUAGCGGCAUAA